AGACCUGUGCAGUAUACACCAUCCUUCUGUUGGCCUGUGACCCAAUCCUGGAAUGCUGGGAGCUAUCUGGGCUGCGGCCAUCAUCAAUGUGUAGCCAACCCUCCUCUUACUUUGAGGAGAGGGAGAUUUUACCCGGGCACUGACAGAUGGCAACAUGAUUGUCAUGAACCUGAAGGACAAGACUUUUAUGACAGACUUACCUCGGAUUUGUUGUACAUAGUUCUUCACGGAUAUCGUCUGUAUAUAAUAAGUGUACAUAUAUAAUUUUACCUUCCUCCAUGGUGAUCUGGCUGAUCUUUCCUAACAUUGGCAGCUAAAGAACCUGGCCUUCGAAAUCCUUCUGAAUCUGGUUGAUCCAUCCCUCAACUCUCUUCUUACAACUAUGGGCAAGAAAAUAGAUUUAGAAGUGAACUUUUUUGAUGUCCUGGGAGUUAAGCCAUCCUCUACAGAUGAGGAGGUCAAAAAGGCAUAUAAGGGCUCUGGCCAAACAAUGGCACCCUGACAAGAACCGAGUAUGAAGGUGCGGAAGACAAGUUCAAAGUCAUAUCUGCUGCCUAUGGACACUCUAAAAAGUUCAGAUUUGAGAUCAAUUUACAGACGAGAAAGGGAAAACGCUCAAGCUGAUGCAGCCAGAGAGAAACGCUGGAAAGAAAGAGAAGCCAAAUGCUUUGAAAAGCGGUACAAUGACAACAGUAAUUCCAGGUUCAAGACAAGUUUCUUUUUCAAGACAGGGGGUGAUCCAUUCGGUGAAAGAAGUCAAGAGGCUUAUGGCUCAGUAGCUCUGACUCCUGGAGGUAUGGGGGGAAGGGAGGGCAGCCCUUUCUCAGGGCCUUACCAGAAGAAGAAGUCCAAGCCCGAAAGCCCUGGUCUCAAGAAUGGAAUGAACCCAGUGAGGAUGACGAUUUCAAACCUUCGGAUUUGGAUUUAACAGCAGGCCUAACUUUUCUUCAGCAUUCACAUCUUUUGUGGAUGAUCUGUUUGAUUUCAACUCUUUCUUCAAUGGGAAUGAUCCUUUUGAAAGCUUUUUCAAGAAAUAUGAGACCAUAUUCAAACCUUAUUCAGAGAAGAAACAACCUAAGACUGAAUUCACAUAUUACACUCACUUUGAUGAUGGCUCCAGCUCAGCAAGUUCCAGACUCAGGACAAGGAGAACAGGACACAGAAUGGUAAACACAGGAAGGACGCAGCACCAGGAUUUUCAUUUGAUAAUUACUCUGAUGACGAAGAAGAAAAGUUCCGGUUUGAGUGUGUCUGCUGUGAGACAAGAAGUUCAGUGCACAUGAAGAUAUGGUACGACAUGAGAUAGUUUGCAAAGAUGUGAAUGGAAAAGCCAAUGGUACAACAAGGAUGAAUAAACCUCCAUAUGUAGCCAAACCAACCGGGGACUGGAGGACAACACAUGAGAACUUAGUGAAGAACAUUCGUAACUUACGUCGAUCCUCAUCUAGGUCCAGGAUUGAAGAUGAGGAUGAAGAGGAGGAUAUACAGAUGCCGCCCGAAUCUAAUUAUAUCAAGUGCCAUAUAUGUGGGCGAACGUUUAACAAGCCAGCCAUGGAGCGUCACACCAUCUAUUGUCAGAUGAGGUAUCAAGCUAACUGUGGAGAGCCAGAUGAGAACAUGUUUUUCUCCAGAGAGUCCUAUCCGAAGACAAUGCCAAACAGUUACUCCAGCAGCAGUGGCAUCCCUCCAAGUGGUCGUUCUUCUCAGCAGAGUCAUCCAGGCAGUGAAAGCCCCAGAAUGUCCAGGUCUACAGCCCCAGGGAAAUAUUCCAGUAAAACGUGUUUCCCAGAUCUACGCACCAGGAGAACCAUGGAUGAGCCAUUUGUCUUCACGUCAACUGGUUUGCAUUCUCACAGGUCCACAAGUAGAAAUCCUUCACCCAGCCCACGCAUGUAUGAAUUCCACUUUGCUUCCAAAGGCUCUGAUAAUUUCGGUUUGUCUGGCAAACGGAUGCCAUUUACGGAAGACCGAGGACAUCUUACGAGGAAUCAGUGCCCUAACUGCUGCAGUGUGUAUGCUAAAAAUGCCAGAUAUUGUAUAAGUUGUGGUUUCAAGAGAUCCGGAUGAUUGGUGCAUAAAAGACGAGGCAGAGUUUUCAGGGGACAUGAGGUCAAAGGUUUGAAUGUCAUGGGACAAAAGGUCAGGGGUCAGAGCAGACACUCGCAGGACAGGGAUCAAGAGACUUAAGUGUGCGAGUGGGAUCAACAGUUAGGUGUGUCCAGGUGUAAUAAAUUCUUUGUGAUAGAGUUUCUGGUAUACUCUGUGAGUGUUUUAUAUGAAGGCAACUUUUUUAAAUAUAACUAGGGAACUGUGUUCCGUCCAUUGUUUUUGAUUGUUAAUUUAUACCACAGUUUGUCCUGUUUCAUUUGUGUUGUACCAUUAAACAUCUGGUCUCUGUUUCUCAUAGUUCUGUUUUAGCCUAAGAUAGUCUUAACUUCAAAGAUGACUAUGUAUGUUAUCCUAGUAAAAUGCUCUCAGUGCUAAGAUGACCUUGUGAAACGGUCCAGUGCUGUAUGAUUUUUGCAUUAGUUUGUUAUGUUUGGUACUAUUGGUCACAUGGUAAUUCAAGUAGAACAAAGCCAUCGUUCCAAAACUUGGGAAAAAGUUCUUGAGCAUGGAUUCUUGAAAAUGAUAUACAAAUCCAGUGUAACAUCUAGGGUUCAUUUUUUGGCACAGUGGUGUCAUUAGCAUAAAGAUGUUGAUUCGGAAGUGGUAAUGUGCAUUUUUUAUUCGAGGUUUACAUGGUUUAUUGCCACUAAUUCUUAUUAAAGGCAUCAUUUCCUCAGGAAAACGAGAUGAAGUUCGAAAGGCAAUGUGCUUUGUGCCAUAUAAUGUAUUUUACAUUACCAGAAGGUUGCAAACGUGCCAAGUCAAAGACUCUUCCAAAAACAUUUUCAAUUAUUUGGCUAUCUGGAUAGUAAAUGAAGAUACUGUCUACAGUGCGUAAUUUAUACAUCCAGUUUCCACAGUUCUUGCUUUGAUAUGAUGACCACUGCUGGUCAAAAACAUUGUGUAUUGUAGGCUAUAGCAGCAGUUGGGGUUGUUUCUCCUAAAUUCACAUUUCUUUGUGUGUAGCACUGUUGACAUUGAUUUCUUGACAGUACAAGAGUGCCAAGUAAAGAAUUGCCAAACGUUAAUCAGUGCAACAGCUGAUAUCUGUGAAGAUACAUUAAAGAAAGAUCUGAGUGA